GACAGCAGCCUAAAUAGGUCAAUGGUAAACUUUGCUUUCUGGCUGCCAUGUCGGAAUCUCUGGAGCGAUCCACGAAGAUCAACCUGCUGCGGGAGCCGAUUGUGAAGAGGCUUAGUGAUGUUUUGGACAAGUCCAGCAAUAAAGGAUGGCGAAAACUCGGAGAGAUAGUCGGUAAUGACAGACGAUUCAAUGUCAGCUCAGACGACAUGGAGAUGUGCUCCCUAAAGGUGCUGGAGAUUGACGGCAGCCCAAGCCGCAUGCUGCUGAGGCUGAUGGGACAGCGAGGCUGCACCACAGGUCACCUAGUUGACCACCUCCAAACUCUGGGGAACCCGGAGGCCCUGCAGUGCCUGAAACCAUCAGCCCUGCAGAUCCUCAUCCAGCCCCAGUCUGUCGCUCUUAUAUCUGGACACAACCUGCGUCUCAGCUGUAAUGCUGUGGGGAAAUCUCCAGUCCAGUACCAGUGGUUCAAGAGCAAGGAAGAGGUGCCAAACAGCUUUUCUCCAGACCUGGUGAUAAGUCCAGUCCAUCUGAAGGACACUGGCUUUUAUAUCUGCAGGGUCAACUGUGGAGAAGCGUUUGAAUUCAGCCAGUGGGCUCAAGUGGACGUCCUGGAUGUCGCCAUGUCUUGCGGGCAGAGUUAUCAGUCCUUAGGCGGCCGUCUGAAGCUGGUGAUCCAGCCUCAGUCCCAGCGGCUAUAUGUUGGGGAAAACCUGCAGCUGGAGUGUGGAGCUGUUGGAAGGCCAAUCCCUCGCUACCAGUGGCACAGAAAUGGAGUCCCGAUCCCCAACGCCACUAAGAGGAAACUCAUGAUUCCUCAUGUGAUGCAGGACCAACAUGGCAGGUAUCGCUGUGAGAUCAGCAGCAGCACUGAGCGAAUGUGGACCAAUGAAGUUGACGUUGUGAUAGCACCAAGGAUAUCUGUCCAGAUUUCUGGGGCAAUGGAGUGCUCUGAAGAUGAUGUUUACGCCAUCGGAGGAGGUUCCAAUGAUUUUCUACUUAACAGUCUACCAGAGCAACUUUAUGCGACUGACAAAGUGGCCCUGCUGAUUGGUAAUCUAUCUUACCAGAACCACCCACAGCUCAAAGCUCCCAUGGUGGACGUGUACGACCUCACCAAUCUCCUUCGGCAGCUGAACUUCCAGGUGGUUUCACUGCUGGACCUCACAGAGUCAGAGAUGAGAAACGCUGUGGAUGAGUUCCUGCUGCUGCUUCACAAAGGAGUUUAUGGUCUGCUCUACUACGCUGGUCAUGGAUAUGAGAAUUACGGCAACAGUUUCAUGGUGCCCGUAGACGCUCCAAACCCGUAUCAGUCAGCCAACUGUUUGUGUGUGCAGAGCAUCCUCAAGCUGAUGCAGGAGAAGGAGACCGGUCUUAAUGUUUUCCUGCUGGACAUGUGCAGGAAGAGAAAUAUUCAUGAUGACAGAACUCCAAAUGUUGUCCUGAGGGUUACAGCCAACAUUGUAUUUGGAUAUGCGACGUGCCAAGAUGCGGAGGCCUUUGAGCUGAGCUCCAGUGGCUUCACUAACGGUGUGUUUGUCAAGUUCUUGAAGAAGCGACUGCUGGACGACGAGAAGAUCACCGUGGUGCUGGACAGAGUGGCUGAGGACAUGGGACAGUUUAAUGCCACUAAGGGAAAGCAGGCUCUGGAGAUCCGCAGCAGUCUGUCAGAGAGGAGAGCUCUCACCGAUCCUAUUCUGCCUGGCGACAGCGUUGAUCUUGCCCACACUCUCAGCCGCCAGUGGGCAAAGGCUCAUGAGCUCCCUGAGAGUAUGUGUCUAAACUUUGACUGCGGGGCUCAGAUCAAGCUGGGCUUUGCUGCAGAGUUCUCCAACGUCCUUGUCAUUUACACUCACAUCGUGAAGAAGCCCGAGGACAUGUCCUUCUGCCAAGCCCACGUCACCGACUUCUCACAGGAGCUUGACGUGGAUCCCAAAGAGAUGAAUAGAGAGACUCCAGAGGAGACUGGGAUCUACUUCCUGUCCGGCAGUCUGCCACAGCACUGCCUUUACACCAGAGUCAGCUCACUGCAGAAGCUCAGGGAAGAGCUGGUGUUCACCGUUUGCCUUCAGGGCACCUUCCCCGCUAUGGACGACGAUCCCGUCCACUGGACCAAAAGCAUUAACAUUGGCAAGCCGCUGAUUGCACGACUCGACCUACACCGGCCCGUGAGGAGAAACAGCUGCCUGCAGACCUGCCUAAUGCCCCACAGCCCCUGCCACAGCCCCUGCCACAGCCCCUGCCACAGCCCCUGCCACAGCCCCUGUCACAGCCCCAGACCAGAACACCACCUAUACCUAAACCUUCAACACGGCACGCACCAGGCCCAGGACUACAGCCGACUGUCCCCCCAGCAGCACUACCUGGGUGCAGUCGGAGGCGGUGGGGAUACCUACGAAAACCUCAGCCAGCCUCACUAUGAACCUUCGUAUGAUUCAGCCGCUGGGCUUUCAAGCUCACCGGGGAGGCUCAGCACCCCCAUAGAGGCCACCGCCAACAUCGAAGAGCUGCAUACUGCGUUUAACGACAGCCUUCAGCUUCAGCAGCAGUAAAAACAGCUGCUUGAUGUGAUGUCAUUAAUUCUCAGGAGAGGAGCUUUAAAAGUCUAGUCUGGAAUAAUGCUGCUCUUUCUGUUUAGCUUUUUUAGAUUAUAUUCUUCAACGUACGUAUAGCUUCUUUUUUUAUUUACCUCAACAAACUAUACACUGACUGUACUGUAGUUAUAUCUUAAAGAGUUUUUUCAAAUAAAUUAUGUUUUACCAAGUGCCA